AUAUCAUGUGCUGGUUGUUCAACCAGAAUCAGGAAAUUUUCUGGCUAAUAAUCUGAUAGUUAAACCAACAGAUUUGUUCACUUCGAUUCUGUUGGUAUCUUCAGGUUAAUCCAACUCCCAGUGCACACGGAGUUCAGCCACAUCGGAAAAUUGUAUUCCAACUAGAUCACAAUACAUAGCUACCCUUUUCGUCUUACGAGGUAGAGAGGAAAAGACUUCCUUUGUGCACAUGUUGUGUUAUGGAAUGUCACACCUAAUUUCUGCAAGGUAUGGUGUUUCUGGUCUCUGAGUGUUACCUUCACUUACUCGAUGGUGUUCAUAUAGUAAAUUUUCUGGUUAGUAUGAACCAAAAAUGCGUAGGAUGAUCCACGGAUAAUAAUCGAUGACCGGGCGAUAGCACAGUUGUACCUCAGGGCUCAGGUAUCGUGUCUGCGUUGGUCAGACCAACUAUCGUGAUCUAACUAGUGUGCAGUUUUCCGAUAUGCUUCCUUUUAGCUGACAAAAUAUAAAUUUUGUCAUCUCUGAAUGUUCUCCUUUUUUGUUCUGGACGUGUUUCAGCUUUAGGUGGAGCAUAUUGAAGAAUUCAGUUGUAUAGGGCCAGAUCCCGUCGUACUUUUUUUGGUACUUCUUUCUCCAAAUAGACUCAAAAGACCUGAAUAACAGUCAUACCAUGGAUCUGAAUCUUUUUUGUUUUGUUAUAAGCAUACUUCUCAUCCAAUAAUCUGGACUAUCAAGGAUCAUGCCAUAAUUUGAGUCUAGCCUUUUUAGCUAUUUAUUACUACUUACAGUACAGAACUAACAAGGAAAGAUAUGCUAAUGCAAAAUGUAGAGAACUAAUAAAAUGAAGAAGGAAAUUUCUGAACACAUUGCAUUUUUUAAUAGAAACCAAUAUAUAUUGUUCCAAGUUUGUCUUUUGGUCCCUACAGCUUAUGUUUCUUUUAUUGGUGUGCUCCAAUGUGUUCUCUGAAUACCUCCUUUUCUACUAAGAAGGUGAUAAUCCAGUUAUCCUUUAUGUUCUCGAAAAAGAUAUAUUUGAUUUCUUCUCUGUGUAAUACGUUUCAUUGGCUGCACAUAUGUCUUGAACUGUUCAAUGCAUGAUGAUGCACAUACGUCAGAAGGUUUGGUUAGCUGUCCCUGUUGUUAUAGGCCAACCCAGAAAUUAACAAUGCCUUGCUGAGGUACAACUAUUGCUGAGCUGUUGCAAGAUUGGGUAGUUGACUUGUGAUAAAUUGCGAUUGGUUGAAGAAGUGCAGAUCAAAGCUCGACUCAUCUGAAGGAGUAUUUCAUUGAGUACAACCAUCAGUUUAUAUUGUGGUAAGAAAUAAAGAUGCCCCAGCUGUUAAUGUGCAAAGUCAGAAUAGCUGUCCCUAUUAUUCCACGUCAAACCAAAAAACAAUGUCCGGUGCUGAGCUAAGAAGGCUAAUUGUCUAAAAUGAGUACGCAGUGCACAGCUAAGAUUGGACAGUGACUUUUGAUUGAUUGGGCAGUGCUCUACUCCUCUGUGGAAGUGUUUUAUUAAGUACAGCCAACACGGAGAAGAAGGUAAUCGAUCGAUGGAAGCAACCACCACUUCUCCCCCAGAAAGUCAAUGCUCGCACUGUCUCCCAUUUUCCUCAGAAGAUCUCCGCGUCUAGCUUGCUCGCACCACCGUUUUCUUCUCCACCCUGGACUGCAACUGGGAUUCCCUGUGUUCUGCGUGUGCCGUGAGCUCUGAGCAUUCCAAUGGCAGAGUCGGUGGCCACCAUGGUGGUCGGGCCGCUGCUGUCCACUGUGAAGGAGAAGGCGUCCAGCUACCUCCUGGACCAGUACAAGGUGAUGGAGGGCAUGGAGGAGCAGCACAGGGUCCUCAAGUGCAAGCUGCAGGCCAUCCUGGACGUCAUCACCGACGCCGAGCAUGCCGCGUCCGACAGAGAAGGGGCCAAGGCUUGGCUUGAGGAGGUCAAGAGGGUGGCUUAUGAGGCGAAUGAGAUCUUUGAUGAGUUCAAGUACGAGGCGCUCCGCCGUGAGGCCAAGAAGAAUGGGCAUUACAGCAAGCUCGGCAUCGAUACAGUAAGAUUCUUCGUCACUCACAACCGUUUUGUGUUCCGUGACAAAAUGAAGAAGAAGCUAUGCAGAAUCUUGCAGGCCAUUGAGGUCCUUGUGGCUGAGAUGAGCGCCUUUGACUUUAAAUAUCAGCAGCAAGCACCAAUAUCCAUGCACUGGCAGCAGAUGGAUCUUGUUAUCUCUGAUCCAAAGAAAAUCAUUAGCAGAUCGAGAAGCCAAGAUACUAAGAAUAUUGUUGAUACACUAUUUUGUCAAGCUAGCAAUCCAAAUCUCACAGUUGUUCCCAUCGUUGGGAUAGGGGGGCUAGGCAAGACAACCUUAGCGCAACUCAUUUACAAUGAACCUGAAGUUCAGAAGCAUUUCGAGUUGCUGAUAUGGGUUUGUGUCUCUGACAGCUUUGAUGUGGAUUCCUUGGCUCGAAGAAUUGUUGACUUUCAUCUUAAAAAUAGUAUAAUUAAAGCACCUUUUAAGAAGGGCCCAUUGGAUAGCCUCCAAAUUGUACUAAGCGGGCGUAGAUACCUCCUUGUUUUGGAUGAUGUACGGAACCGAGAGAGCGAUAAGUGGAAAAAGCUCGAGGUCCGCCUUACACAUGGUGCUAAGGGCAGUGUGGUUUUGGCAACUACUCGUGAUGAAGGAGUCGCAAAAAUAAUGGGUACAGUUAAAGCCUAUAAUCUCUCAGCUUUGGAGGAUAACUUUAUCGAGAAAAUUAUCGAGUCAAGAGCAUUCAGUCUGCAGAAGGAAGAAGAAAGGCCGGUCAUGCUAGUUAAUAUGGUUGGUGAGAUCGCAAAGAGAUGUCGUGGCUCUCCUUUGGCUGCAGCCGCACUGGGCUCUAUGCUGCGUACAAAGACCAGCAAAGAAGAGUGGAAGGCUAUAUCGAGAAGAAGCAACAUUUGCACCGAGGAGUCUGGAAUUUUACCAAUACUGAAGCUCAGCUACAAUGACAUGUCAUCACAGAUGAAGCAAUGCUUUUCUUUCUGUGCUGUGUUUCCCAAGGAUUACGAGAUUGACGUGGACAAACUGAUCCAACUAUGGAUCGCACAUGGCUUUAUCAUGGACCAAAAAGAAGUUAGUCCUGAAACCAUUGGCAAAUGGAUUUUCAAUGAGCUGACCUCAAGGUUAUUCUUUGUGGAUGUGAAGAAAGUCCGAGUCUCACGGUAUGAAUAUGCGCGCCCGGUGGUGGGUGAUUAUCCCAAACAUACAUGUAAAAUCCAAGAUCUUAUGCAUGAUGUUGCAUUGUCUACAAUGGAAAAAGAAUGCGCUCUUGCACCUAAGGAACCACGUCAGAUUGAGUGGCUUCCAGAUACAGCUCGCCACUUAUUUCUGUCUUGUGGACAACCAGAAACUAUUUUGAAUGAAUCUGUGGCGAAAAGAUCUCUGGCUAUCCAGACACUUAUGUGUGAUUGUUAUAUAGAAAUGGGAGUUCGGUUGCAGCAUUUAUCAAAAUACAACUCUUUGAAGGCAUUACGGUUCCUUUUAAAUUGGGGCGGACAAUUCCAUUUGAAACCAAAGCAUCUGCAUCACCUAAGGUACCUUGAUCUCUCAAGAAGUUAUAUCGAAUCACUUCCUGAAGAUAUAAGCAUUUUAUACAGCCUGCAAACAUUGAACAUAUCUUGCUGCUACUCACUUCGUCGGCUUCCAAGACAAAUGAAGUAUUUGACCGCCCUCCAUCACCUAUACACUCAUUGUUGUCCGAAGUUGAGGAGCAUGCCUGGUGGUCUCCGAAAACUCAUGUCCCUGCAGACACUUACAUGUUUUAUAGCAGGUCCUACUGGCUCUAAGUGCAGUGCCAUUGGAGAGUUGCUACAUUUAAACCUUGGUGGUCAGCUAGAGCUAACUCAACUAGAGAAUGUGACAGAAGAAGAUGCAAAAGCGGCAAAUAUCGGCAAUAAGAAGGAACUGCAAGGCUUGACAUUAAAAUGGAUUGUUGGUUGUGCUGAUGAUGCUAGAGUGCUGAAGAGUCUGAAACCUCAUGAUGGACUGCUGGGUGUAAGGAUAGAAUCCUACGGAGGCACCACCUUUCCGACAUGGAUGGCUAUGUCGAGAAACAUGGUUGAGAUCCAACUUUUCCAGUGUGAAAAACUGCAAUGGCUAUUCGGUUGUGAUACCACCUUCACUUUUCCAAAUAUGAAGGAGCUUACACUACAAGAUCUGCAUUGUUUGGACAGAUGGUGGGAAACAAGUAACGAGGUACAAGGACAAGAGAUAAUGUUUCCUCGGCUUGAGAAGUUAUCUAUUGUUAGCUGUGCAAAGUUAACAGCGUUGCCGGACACAACACUGCUUGGAGAACCUCAUGGUACAAUGGCACGGUCAGCAUUUCCAGCAUUGAAGGAACUCUACUUGGAUUUCUUGGACAACUUUUGGAAAUGGGAGGCAACCGAGGGAACACAGAGAGGACACAUGGUAUUUCCUAAGCUUGAGAAACUUACAAUUAUGAAUUGUUCUAUCCUGACAGCAUUACCGGAAGCACCGGUUGAUGGAGAUUAUAGUAUGGCACGGUCAGCGUUUCCUGCAUUGAAAGUUCUGAAAUUGAAAUGCUUGAGCAGAUUCGAGAGUUGGCAUGCAGUCGAAGGAUAUAAAGGAGAAAACCUAAUGUUUCCUCAGCUUGAGCAAUUGGUUGUCAUACACUGUGAAAAUAUGACAACAUUAUGUGGACAACGGACCUUCCCUCGCCUUCAGGAGAUCCGUAUCGAGUUUUGUCCAAAGCUGACAACAAAAGCUAAAUCACCAAAGCUCAGCAUGUUACACAUGGAGGGAAAUGAGGAAGAGAUGUUCCUGUGGGUAGCUAGACAUAUGACAUCAUUGACCAAUCUGAAACUGAAGAACCUUGAAGACACGCAAUCAACCUUGGAGGCGGCUGAUCAUAGUUUGACACAAGUGGUGGACGCCAUGGAAAAAUGGAAUCGAGAUGAUUUCCCUAUGGCAAUUAUGCACUUGAGUGGCUUUAAGUCGGGUGUAACUGAGCUAUGUGCAUGUUUUGUACGGCUUGAAUGGUUGUACAUCAAUGAUUGUGCUGCGCUUGUCCACUGGCCAGAGAAAGAGUUCCAAGGCUUGGUAUCCUUGAGGAGUCUAGAGAUUUCGUACUGCAAGCAACUGGUUGGAUACGCACAAGCUCCUGCAGCUGAGCCAUCAGCAACAUUAGAAUCCUCGAUUCAGCUCCUGCCAAGCCUCGAGUAUCUCAAGAUAUUUCAAUGUGAAAGCAUGGUAGAGGUCUUCAAACUCCCUGCAUCCCUGAGGAAAAUGGAAAUUCUUGAUUGUGCUAAGCUCAAGUCCAUAUUCAAUAGGAGGCUGCAACUGGAACAGGCAUCAUCAUCGAAUCUUCAAGGGCGAUCACCUGUAUAUUCAGAGUUGUCAUCGUCGUCAGCUGUAUCCAGGGCGGAGCAUUCUCUCUUUCCAUGUUUAGAAUCUAUAUACAUACGAGGGUGUCAUAGCUUAACAGGGAUCCUUGAUCUUCCCCCGUCGCUCAAGGAAAUUAAAAUUACCAUUUGUUAGUGCCGUGAGUUGAGAUCAGUGGAAUCUCACUCGGGAGAGAUGCCAUCGUUGUUGGAGAAACUCAAGAUCGGAGGAUGUGAAAUCCUGUCAUCCCUACAAGAUGGGUCACAAGCAUGUUCUUUACAUUGGAAACUGUCCUAGUAUGAAGAGACUCCCUACAUGCCUGCAGCAGCGUAUGAGCAGCAGUAGCAUCCAGAAGAAAUGUCUAGAUGCUCAUCUUGAAGGGCCUAGUUUACUGAAGCCCAAGACGUGGAAGUAUACCAUCCGCAGAGAUUAGUGAGCUGUCGGUGUGCAACACCAUCACCUUGGGAAGCAUUGUUGGUAGACUUUCUGUUAUGGUUUGCUACUUGUUUCAAGACUCCAUUUUCUCAAUGAAAAUGUGGCCCUCUUUGAUCGAAAAAAAAAAUCACCAUGGGAAGCUACCAAGCAUCAGCAGUCAAGCAAGAGAUUUGAUUAUAUGCAUGGGCCAUCGCUAUAUUUUGGGAUGUCUUCUGCAGGUGUUGAUUGUGCACGGCUCUGCCUUUUCGCAGAACUGUUUCUGCGCAUACAGCCUGGAUAGAGUAGAGAUCAUGUUUGGAAAGAGUAUGUAUUGUUGUGAUAUCGUUUGCCAACAUUCAUAUGCCAAGAAUUCUUUGACAUUUGAUUUGGGCAUGUCACUCUAUUUCCUGUCCCAAAGAAUGUACUACCAAGUUAUGCCAUGAAGGUGCGUGAUGGCCUCUGAUUU